AUGGGUCUUUCAUAUCGAAUUGCGCUUGCCGGUGCCACCGGGAAUCUCGGCACUCCAAUGCUCGAAGCCCUGCUCGGCGCUGGAUACCUGGUCACCGUUCUCUCGCGCAUUGGCGGCAAUUCGUCGAGAUUGAAACCGCAUCCCAAUAUCACCAGCAAAGAAGUUGACUUUACCUCCGUAGAGUCGUUGACGACGGCGCUGUCUGGAGUGCAAGUCGUGGUCUCUUGUCUCGCCACGUUGGCAAUCGGCAGCCAAAACCCUCUCAUCGAUGCAUCUGUCGCCGCCAAAGUGAAGCGAUUCAUCCCCGCGGAAUUUGGGAUGGAUUCGAAGAAUGCUUUGAGCAUGGAGCUCCCGGUUUGUGCGCCAAAGGUUGCGACGCAGAACUACCUCCUGGAGAAGUCCGUGUCGAAUCCCGGAUUUACGUACACAGGUAUCGCCAAUGGCUUGUUUCUGGACUGGUGCAUCGCGGCCGGGAUAAUUGUGAACCCGAAAAAUCGCUCCGCGACUCUGUACAAUGGCGGGGAUGUCCCUUUUACCGCGACAACUCUGCGGGAUGUGGCCAAGGCCGUGCUCGGUGUCAUUUCUCACCAAGAAGACACUGUUAACCGCAUUGUCUACGUCCAAUCUGCACUAGUGACCCAGAGGAAACUUAUCCAGUACGCCCAAGAAGCCGAUGGAAAGGAAUGGGAUGUUGUGGUUAAAAGCACGGAGGAGGUUAAGCAAGAGAGCUUCCGUGAGCUUGCCAAAGGCUCUGAAGGCGAUAUUGAUGCCGCCAUGUUGGGCUUCUGCAUACUUGCUUCCUGGACCCCUGAGUACGGCUGUGACUUUUCCAGUCAUCUUGACAACGAGCUCUUGGGAGUGAAGGAAAUGAGUGAGACUGAGCUGAGCACUUUGAUUGGCAGCUAUCUGUGA